AUGUCCAAAGCAUUAUAAGACUAGUUAAUCAAAACAAUUUCAGAAAAAAUCUCCAAGGAUUGCUAUAUUAAAAAGGCAAGUUUGAAAGAAAUAAUCAAAUUGAUGUUCAACCAGAAAACUUAUUUCUCAAAUUUUGAGUACUUAAACAAUGGCACUUACGCUCUCAUCUUGAGAGCUUAGAAUACUAAGGAAAAUCGCAUUGUUGCCCUUAAAUUCUUAACAUGUUCGAAUAAAGAGGACAAGAAUGGUAUCGAAUCUCUGAAAAAAGAAUAUGAAAUGCUUCAGAAGUUCAGCUAAUCUGAUUUUUUGGUAAAUGUCUAUGAUUGCUUCUAUUUAAUGGAAGAAGAUGUACAAUAGGAUAAAGAUGGUAACGAAAAAAUCAUCUUAACAAAAGAGAAGUCCUACUUUGUCUUGGAAAUGGAGCUUUGCUAGUAAAAUCUUAAAGAGCUCUUCGAUUUUUUCAGAAAUAAAUAGCUACCCUCUAAAGAAAUAAAGGAAAUAAUAGCUAUUCAAAUGCUAGAAGGAUUGAAUAACCUUCAUGUCAAAAAUAUCAUGCAUAGAGACAUAAAACCUCACAAUUUCCUAGUUUAAGCUUCUCAAACUUAUGGAUUUACCAUCAAAAUCUGCGAUUUAGCAUUUGCAUCUUCAGUAACGAAAUCGAAAAGUCACUACAUAUCAAAGAAAGGAACUGAUGCUUACUUUGCUCCUGAGGUAGAAAUAGGAUAAUCUAGGAUUCAGUCAGACCUUUUUUCUCUAGGAUUAGUUUUACUUGAACUAGAUAAUUUGAAAGUGCUUAAUGAAAAUUGGAUUGACUUUAAUAUAAAAGCAGAGAUUCACUAAGGAAAAGCAAUAGCUUCAAAAUAUUAGAUUGAUCGAAAUUCUAAUAUUUAUAAAAUAGCCAAGAUUUGCUUAAAACUAAAUUAUUUGGAAAGGAAUACUUCAGGAGACCUGCUUUCUGAACUUAUUAAACUUCAUGGAAAACCAUUGAAAUUCACACUCACAUCUAUGAUAUUAGAAGAACAAAUUCCGUAGUAAGCAUAAUUAAUAUUCAAUAAUAUUAAAAAGAUUCAAAAAAAUGAGCAAACUUAAUUUGAUGAAUAAGCACAAAUGUUGCUUGAUGACACAGACUAAUAAAUAAAGAAAAAAGAUAUUUAUCAGUAAUUUACAAAAGUAGAAAUACUAUCCAAGCUAUUAAAAAAUUUGUAUGAAGAUAAGAAGUAUGUAAAUAAUUUCCAAAUUCUAAGUUUUGGAAGCUAUGGUAUGGUAUUGUCUACCAAAAAAGUUAAUUUAAAAAACAAGGAAAUAGUACUAAAAAUACAAAAAAUUGCAAAUGAACAAUAAAUUUAAAAUGAAAUUAGAAUAAUGUAACAAUUGAAAACUCCUUUGGUAGUCUAGCUAUAUGACAAUUAUGUCAUAGAAAAAGUUACAUCACCUGAAAAAUAUGUAGUUUUUGAAUUAGAAAAAUGUUCAUGUUCACUCUAGGAUUAUCUCGAAAGAUAAGCAAAAGAAGGAGAAUUUAGUGAUGAAGAAAAACUAAAUAUUGCACUCCAAAUAAUUGACUCUGUCAAUUAUAUUCAUUGUUUCAAUAUUAUUCAUAGAGAUAUUAAACCUGACAAUUUUUUGGUUAGUUUGGAUGGAAAUAAACUUUAAAUCAAACUAUGUGAUUUUGGCUUAUCAGCUUAACUUGGAAAAAAUUGUGAAUAGAUUAACAUUUUAGAUAUGGUAGGAAAUUGGAUAUACAUGGCACCUGAAAUUUUGACUAAAAAUGAUAAUGAAAAUAAGAUAUAUUCUAAAAAAUCUGAUUCUUACGCAGUUGGUUUACUAUUAUCUUUGGUUGAUAACUACUUAAUUUUGAAAGAAAAUUUAGCAAUUACUUUCAUAAAUAUGGCUUAAAAAAAAUAUGAUGAGCCUUUCAAAAACAUAAAUAUUAAGAGAGAUACUGAAAUAUUUAAAUUUAUUAAACUAUUAGUUGUCUGGAAAAGAGUCAACAGAGCUUCUCUUUCUAUUAUUGUAGAAUCAAAUUCAAAAAAAUUCAAAUCAAACUAAAAUGACAUGAAAUAAAUUAUAUCAUAGCAUUAUUUAGGUCCUAUAUAAAACUUUGAGACUGUAAACAUCGGACCUGCUGCUCCAUUACAAACUUAAGGUUAGAUUCCAAUUUAAGAUAUCAAGUAAAAAAUAUGUAUAUAGUAUGAGAAUCCAAAUAUAAGAUAUAAUUAACAUUUUAAAUUUAAAAGAAAGUUUGAAUGA